UUUAGCAAAAAUCCCCAGAUUGUACGUUUUGUGGGAAAUCAAAUAACAAUUAGAAGAGCAGAUGGUUCACUUAUUCACCUUAAUAUUUCACCUUAUCCUGCGAUUCUUCAUGAAUAUGUUAGUAGUUCUAAAUGGGAAGAUGCUGUCAGAUUGUGUCGCUUUGUCAAGGAUCAAACUAUGUGGGCAUGUUUAGCUGCUAUGGCGGUUGCCAACAAAGACAUGGCUACAGCAGAAAUCGCCUAUGCAUCGAUUGGUGAGAUUGACAAAGUUCAGUAUAUCAAUUCCAUCAAAGAUCUCCCAUCAAAAGAGUCAAGGAUGGCUCAUAUAUUGCUCUUCAGUGGAAACACCCAAGAAGCUGAAACCCUGCUUCUUCAAACAGGACUUAUUUAUCAAGCUAUUCAAGUCAACAUUAAUCUCUACAACUGGGAUAGGGCCCUAGAACUAGCAGUAAAGCACAAGACACAUGUUGACACAGUCCUGGCUUAUCGACAAAAGUUCCUAGAGGACUUUGGUAAAAAAGAAACGAACAAAAGAUUUUUGCAGUAUGCAGAAGGUCUGGAAGUUGACUGGAAUAAAAUCAAAGCCAAAAUAGAGAUGGAGAUUGCUAAAGAAAGAGAACGAGCAGCAGCCAGUCCUGCAGUGAGAGCUAGUGUAACUGUACAGCAAUAACUGUCCUUUUGGUCACCUUAAUAAGUGCUUCUUGAAUGUUUUGUACUGGCAUAUUUUGACAAACAUAAAUAAAAAAAGCUACAGCAAACAUUUUGUGGGGAA